AGCGCCCUGCGUUGAAUGCUCUGGCGCACCUUGUAGGGCGGGUACUAAAAACCGCGCGCCGCCGACAAAGUACUGCCCCUUUUUUUGUUUUUAUUACCUCUCGGCAGCUUUUUGUUUUAUUUUUUUUUCUCUAUCACUCGCUGCAAGGUAGGUUAUAAUUUCCCCCUCUUUUUUUUUACAUCCACCGAUCGCAGUUGCGUCUUCCCGGGCAACGUCACAACUGGACGAUCUAGGCCUAACGGGGGACGAAAAAGAUUCCAAUGCAAAGCCACUAGUCACACUUCUCGGCCGAACGAAGCAGAGAGGUGGUCACCGGCAAAGUCCGACUAGAACUAUCCGGCGCGUUACGCACGCUUUCGCUGUUUUUACGCAUUGUUCUUGUUUACAUUAAGGCGCAGUAGGGGACAUUGCCUGACGUAUGUUAUUUUGGUCAAGAAUAUGAUUGUGAUAUAUUGACAAGAAGACUUAUGAUUAUUUCUUUUUAUUGAUUGAUAGACUAGAGAUUUAAAUCACAUCUGAUUUUGAUUUAACUAUCGGCUGUCACCGCUGUGCCUAAAUUAAAAGUUGCUGAGCUAGUUUUUGUUGUGGAUAAUUGACGAUAAUCAAUGGAUUUUGUAAAAGGUAGUUUACGUAAACAAUUGGAGACGUUUUUAUUCACGGUAAACAAGUGAUUAAAGGAAAAAAAUUAUACUACAAAAACAUUUUAAUUCUAAUAAUGACGUAAACAAAUAUUUAAAUGAGUGAAUAGUAAAGAGGAGGUGAUUUUUUUUUUCACCCCGAAAAAAAACAAAGUGGAUUUUCAUGUUUGUUUAUGAUUUUGAAUAACAGUUUUUGCAAACGAUUUUGGUGAAUUUCUCAUGACAGAAAGUGGAAGUUAAAGAACACUUUUGGAGGUUAUUCCUUUUGUUCUAAUAGUGUGUUUUUUCGUUUGGGUUAUGUCUUAAAAACAAUUGAUCUGAUGAUGAUGCAACCUGAAGGAUAUGGGUCUAUACCCAUGGACCUGCACAUUUCACAGCAAGGAUACCAUCCAUAUUACAGAAAAGGGCAUGAUGAUACACCUGGACCACCAAUAGUACAAACGAGAAUCCUUGAAAUGCGAAAAGAGAAAUCCAGAGAUGCGGCUCGUUCAAGGCGAGGCAAAGAAAACUACGAAUUUUACGAACUCGCCAAAAUGUUGCCUUUACCGGGAGCCAUCACGACUCAGUUAGAUAAAGCAUCCAUCAUUAGACUCACCAUCAGUUUCCUAAAGCUCAAGGAAUUCACGGCACAUGGCGAUCCUCCUUGGCGAAAAGAAGGUCCAUCUCUCAAAAGUGGUAGUCUAAGGUCUAGAUCGAUGACAUCUAUUGCAAUGGAUCUCUUUGAGCAGCAUCAAGCAACGCACAUUCUUCAGUCAUUGGACGGUUUUGCUUUUGCCCUUGGUGCAGAUGGACGGUUUUUGUAUGUCUCAGAAACAGUCUCUAUUUAUUUAGGUCUUUCACAGGUCGAAAUGACAGGAAGUAGUGUUUUCGAUUACAUCCAUCAACAAGACCAAUCAGAAUUAGCAGAUCUAAUAGGAAUCAACAUGUGCCCUUCCCCAUCUGCAACAUCACCUCCAGCCUCUGUAGCUUCGGAUGACGGUUCGUCCUCGAACCCGGGACCAUCUACACCCACUGGGUUCGAUAGACCACCUCCAACAAUGAGUAUAAGAAGCGAAAGUGCAGGUCAAAGUCUACAAAGAUCUUUCUGCAUAAGAAUGAAAUCUACAUUGACCAAACGCGGUUGCCAUUUUAAAUCCUCUGGCUACAGAGUUGUACUAGUUUUAUCACAUCUUAGGCCUCAAUAUAAUUUUUCUUCGUCUUCGAGGAAACAGGCACCUACAGUCAUGGGACUUGUGGGUUUAGCCAUAGCCCUUCCUCCUCCUUCAGUCAACGAGCUACGGCUAGAACCCGAUAUGUUUGUAACAAGGCUGACAUUCGAUUUCCGGAUAUCUCACUGUGAGCCAAGGGUAUCUGAACUCUUGGACUACACUGCAGAAGAAAUAACCGGAACAAGUAUGUACACACUGUGCCACGCACAAGAUAUCGAAAAACUGCGAAAGUGCCAUAUAGAUUUGAUCCAAAAAGGACAAGUAAUGAGUGGUUACUAUAGGUUAAUGAAUAAAAAUGGCGGUUACACUUGGCUGCAGAGCUGCGCAACAGUCAUUUGCAACACCAAGAAUGCCGAAGAAGAAACCAUUAUCUGUGUUAAUUACGUCAUCAGUCAUGUAGAAUAUCCCCAUUGCGUCAUGGAUUAUUGCCAACUACCAGCAUCACGUGACUUAAGAAAUGAAGAUCCCAGCAGUUCUGAGAGGGGUACAAGUCCAGACAAAGAGGGAGGCAGAGACAAUACGGCUACAGGGGACGUUGAAGCGGAGCAGAGGUCCACAUCGAGGCCAGGAAACGUCGGCGACGUUCAUGACGAAGGUCAAGUAUUUGAAGGAAGUAGUCAUUUGGAUAUGGAGGGCAACAAAAGAGAUUUGCAGGAAUUACACAGGACAUCGGAGAAACCGGGCAAUUCCCCAAAAGAGUUUCCAGGAGUUUCGUUUUACGACCAGUCAAAUGCAAGACGUACUCCGACAUCCGUUGCCGAGUCUGCCGCGGAAGCAGCCGAUAACAGACAACGGAAAAGAAAACUCGCAGAUUCCUUAUCGGUGAUGAAUGAAACAAACGACAACAUCAAAAGCCCUCGUCCAGGAAGCUCUUCGUCGACUAGUCUUGAAGUUCUGUCGCUGGACAAUGGUACCACGUAUAGUGAAGUGACCAACAAUGACCUAGUUGUGGACGACAUGUCCUGUAGCCAAUCCGGUUUAAAUUCUUCGAAUGGGAGGAGGGAAGGACACUCUGAAAACUCCCCCGACAAAAGUGAUAAGGUUACUAGACCAUGGACUAGAUCUCCCGCCGCACCGAAUGCAUACGACACAAACUGUAGUAAAAAUUCAUCGGCAAUGUCUGUUAGAGAUUUAGAAGAUGUCAUGAACAGGCACUUGCCACAGCACAAUGGAUCUCCUGGCGGAGGCUCGCCAGAUGUACUAAUGCUCAAAUCAUUUCCCCCCACAUCGGGUUCACCAACACAGCGCCCAAUACAAUGGAUUGGUGGUCCACCAGCACCCGCAUCUUUGCCAGCAACCACACUGUUACGACAAAUAUACGUGAGUAGAGAGUCUGUCAUCCGUUCCGCUGGUGCGCAUGCGACGCGUCAUGGUUGCUACGGUGAUACCAUUCAAGGCACACUUCCUACGCCCCCUGGUGGACCUGAUCCGCCAUACAGUGAUCUCAUGUUGCAAUCUGCCGCCAAACUUUCAGAUUCAUCGCCAACUUACGGUUCAACUGGAUCAUCAUAUUUGGACAAUUGCAAUGCCAUGACGCCGCCAAGCUCAGUAUCUCCGAGAGACAAUUUCAACGAGGCAGCUGCUGUCGCCGCUGCUGCGGCAAUACCGCACAUGAGACAUUACGUAACUGCGACAGACCCGAAUUCUCUCCAGCACUUACCGUUAAAACCACAUCAAUUAUUCGUACAUCCAAGUAAUUUAGACCAUCCGGGUGCACCAUAUGGUCAUCACCACACGCAACAAACACUUUCUCCAGAUCAGCAUCAAUCUUUGUAUCAUCACCCAAGUAGCUUUCAUUUAUACCAUCCACCGCCAGGUGGCUCUAAAACAGCCCUACAUACAACAAACGGCACUUCAUGGUUCUGUCAGCCGCAUUCAUAGAUAGCUCAUGAAUAUUUUAUUUUGUUUGUACAAAAAAAAAAUAUGGUGGAAACUUUUAACGCGUUUUUUUUUAAACUCUAAAAAUUGGCGUCCACCUUUACUUAGCUCGAUAUGGUUGUGAAUUAAGCGCUUGAAACAGCAAUGCAAAGUCUAGCUUGCACAACUUUAUUGUACAUAAAACUUUAUAUAUUAAAAAAAAAAAGAUUUUAACAAAGAAAGUGAGUGAAAAUCAAAUUAUUGGUGUUAUGAAGACAAGAGUUAUCGGAUUUUUGAAGGAGAUGGAAACUAUUCAUUUCUGAUAAAUGCAAUUUGUGAAAUCAAAAUGUUUAUUUGUUUAUAAAAAAAAAUAUUUUUAUCAUUCAAAUCAAAAUCAUGUAAUGAAAAUUCAAGUUAAAAUUGUAUUCGCUGCAUCAAAAUAUACACACAUGCUUUCAUUGUUAUUUUUAUUACUAUAACGUUAUGGAUGGUACACAAAAAUUUAUUUAUAAUGUAUUUUUUAGAUAAUGCAAUUAUUAUUGUUUUUACAUAAUAUGCUUACAACAUUGAAAUUGGUUUUCAGAUAGGUAACAAAUAUUGCAAAAACGUUUUAAAAAUCCCCAAAAACGACAUAGAUAUAUUGCCGAAAACAUUGAAAUAUCAACUAUUCUACGAUCAUGAAUCAAACGUUCCUGAAAUGUUUCUAAUAUGUUUGAAAUAUUUCUGAAACACUCCAGAAAUAUUUCAUACUUGCCCAAAAUGAAACUAUUUAUCCAAAUUUUAAUUUAUCUGAUACGAACUUGCGAUGUUUUGAGUUGUAUUUGCAUAGGAAAAACCUUAAAUUGAAAAUAUCCAACUUAAGUUGAAUAUUUAAAUUAAAUAUCAUUGAUUUUAAGUUAUUACUUAAUUUAUCUGAUACAUAAUUCCGAUGUUUUGAGUGGUAUAAUUGAUAUAGGAAGAACUUUUCAAUUUCUGUUGCAUUAAAUCGAAUCUUUUCAAAGAGAAUUCGGCUAAAUAUUUCCUUUUUAGCAUUAAACCAAUCUCAAUGACCAAUUAAUUUUCAAAUUCCCAUUUAUUGCACAGUUUCAAUUAUCCAAAUUAAAUUUUUUUAAAAAUCCAAAAAUGUUUAUUUGAAAAAAAUUUGAAACAUUUAAUAAUGACUAUAGCCUAAAUUUACUAACUUUUUAAAUGUUAUGUUUAGUUAUAGGCAUUUUUUGGUAACGGAAUUAUAGUUCAAAGCGAAUUCGUCACUUUUUUGUUACAAAUUCAUAUUUAAUAUUAAUUUUAAGUAUUAUUUUCCAAUAUAUUUUUUAAAUGCUCGGUAACGGAAAUAAGUUUCCUGUAAUUCCUUUACCGAACAUUUAAAAAACAAAUCUUUAAAAAAAAUAGUUUG